AUUUUAAUAUGCUGAGACUUGUGAGCAAGAAGUCAUUCUCAUCAACAUUUAAUGUGUUGGAUACCUUCAAAACAUUCAAAAGCGUGGUAAGAAUAAUUGCUUAACUCUAAGAUCACAGCUCCAAUUAGACAUAUAAGGUCAUAUGUUAGAUAGGAUGGCGUUCAUAGUUCUAUGACACCUAACUUGACAUAUUAGGCUUUUGAUGAAGUGCUUCAUGAAUAUUAUGCUGCUUAUUCUGGAAAUCCAUUCCACUUAUAGGUGUAUAAUAACCUCGAUAACAUCUAAACUGUCAAUUUUGGUACAGUAGACAAUCCUUGCGUUAUUUUCACUGCAGAUACUCCAUUCAGAUAUGUGGGAUGCACAGGUUUGUAAAACGAAGACGAUUAUGAACAACAUGAAAUUCAUCUUUUCAUGCUUAGAGAAGGUCCAUUAUAGAGAUGCCCAAUGUGUGGUCAAGUUUUCAAAUUGGUUAGACUUAGACAAUAAGAGGAUGAGGAAAUGUCUUACUAUAGAGAUUCAUUCCAUCCUAUUGAUAUUUUUGAAUUGGAUGUAAAAUAAAUCUCCUAUUUUAGAAUGAAAAUGUUUAAUCAAUUAACAUGUUCAAAAUGUGGACUCACAGAGAAGCUUCAUUAUUUGAGAGUGCUUUGUAUGAAUAAAACAUUAUGGUAACUAUGGAUAACGAUGUACACGAUAGAUUACUUGUUGAUCCAGCCUAUAGAAUGUGGAGAUUUUAACAUGGUGAAGAUAAAUUAAAAUACAUUGAUUAAUAAUUGAAAUAAGCAGGCUAUAAUGAAGAAAGAAUCUACAGAAAUCCAAAAUACAAAUUACCAAUGUAAAAGGCAACAUAUGCAGCUGUCAUUGAAGCAGAGAAAGUGUUGGCUAUCUAAGAGAGAUUAGAAAGAAAAGUGAACAGAUUCCAUGUUAGAGAAUAUCUUGAUUUUGCUAAUCAUGCCAGAAGAGAAAGAAGAAUGAGAUUAAGAUAAAAGGAAAGAUGGGAGAACAAUUACACUUACUUCUAUGGAGGUCUUACUGAAGAGGAAUAAUUAUAUAAUGAUUACUUUGAAACAGAUUAAGAAUUAUACAAGGAUGACGAAUAAGUUGAAUAGAGAAUUGAUGAGGCAGUUGCUUAAGUUGAUCCUAAAUAUAGUCCUCUCAGAUUUGACUUCUAAGAAGCCUAUACUCACAACCCUGAAGAAGAUUAAACAUCCCUUCUUGAAAAGAAAUUGUGGAGAUUCAAAUAUAGAUUAGCAUUUGAUUGCACCAAAGAUUAUUAAGUUAGAGAAAGAAGAUUGAUUGAAAGACAUUUGGCAAGAAUGACCAAAGACCCAGAAUACGUGGCUGUUUUCAAGAAUCUAUAAACUGCUGUUAAUUCAGAAAAUGAAUUUGCACUCUUAUAGGCUGAAAAGGACUAUUAUAAUCUUGCAGCUAAGGAAGGAUGUAAUAUUAUUAUAUCAAAUAUUUAGUUCUUUAAUACAAGGAUUAUUUUGAAGGAGAUACUUCUGCUGAAAUUGAAUUAGUUGAGGAAUUAUAUAAGGCUUCACCUUUGGCAUUCAGCAAAGUUUUUGUAAAUCAUUCAGCAAGAUUAGUCUAAUAAGAAGGUUUCUAGAAAUUCCCUAAAAGAGCUUGGAAUGAUAGUCUUGGAUUAAUUUAAAAUUAUGUUUUAGAUUUCUAAGAUUUUUCAUCUAACAUAGUACCCAAAGCUCAAAAAUUGGCUAAUUAUGCUGGUUUAUAAAAUGUAAUUAUAAAAUAUUCUAUUUGUAGGUACUUCCUGCUGAUGAGUAAGAAUUGGUAAAACUUGGUUUAGAUAAGACUGAAUAAAUUGCAAGAUAAAAAAUUGCAUAAGCUUAAGAAAAACCAUAACUAAAUGAGCCAAAAAAGUAAGCUCAACAAUAAUAAGCUCCUCCAAAAGUUGAAGCAGAGUAAUAAUAAUAACAAUAGUAAUAACAAUAAUAAUAAUAAUAAUAGUAAUAAUAGUAAUAGUAAUAAUAAUAGUAAUAAUAAAAGAAAGGACCAUUCACCAAAAAAAAAUGAUAAUUUUCAUUAUUCAUUAAACAG